GCGUUGACAGGCCUCGAGCUUAUUUUCUGCGCGGUACUCUCACCAAAGCCAAACAUCGCGGGAAGUUCCCUCAGUGGCGUGACGUCACAUCGCACAGCACUGGUCAAGAUGUCGCUGACGAGUUUUCUCCCAGCACCCACCCAGCUGUCCCAGGACCAGCUGGAGGCAGAGGAGAGGUCCCGCGCACAGAGGUCCCAAUCUACUGCUCUGGUCUCCACCCGCAGAGAACCUCCUCUCUAUGGCUUGAGGAAGUCGUGGGUGCCACGCUCUCUAGAGGACUUUGGAGAUGGUGGCGCUUUUCCAGAGAUCCAUGUGGCCCAGUAUCCUCUGGAAAUGGGUAGGAAGAAAAGGACCUCCAAUGCUCUGGCCGUGCAGGUGGAUGCCGAGGGCAAGAUCAAAUAUGAUGCCAUUGCCAGGCAAGGUCAAAGCAAAGACAAGGUUAUAUUCAGUAAAUACACAGACAUGCUUCCUAAGGAAGUACUAAAUGAGGAUGCUCCUGGGUUGCAGAGACCAGAUGAAGAGGCAGUGCAAGAGCUUACAGAAAAGACCAGAGCAGCUCUGGAGAAACAGGUGUCGCAGAAAAUUGCGGCUGCCAUGCCUGUGCGUGCUGCAGACAAACAGGCCCCAGCACAGUACAUUCGGUACACCCCCUCCCAGCAAGGACUUGCGUUUAACUCUGGAGCCAAACAGAGGGUCAUACGUAUGGUGGAAAUGCAGAAAGAUCCCAUGGAACCCCCACGCUUCAAAAUCAAUAAAAAGAUCCCCCGUGGACCUCCAUCGCCUCCUGCUCCUGUUAUGCACUCACCAAGCAGAAAGAUGACAGUGAAAGAACAGCAGGAGUGGAAGAUUCCUCCCUGUAUUUCCAACUGGAAGAACGCAAAGGGUUACACCAUCCCACUGGACAAGCGUUUGGCGGCUGAUGGACGAGGCCUGCAGACUGUUCACAUUAAUGAGAACUUUGCAAAGCUAGCUGAGGCUCUGUACAUCGCAGACAGAAAGGCCAGAGAGGCUGUGGAGAUGAGAGCUCAAGUGGAAAAGAAGAUGGCCCAGAAAGAGAAGGAGAAGAAAGAGGAGAAGUUGAGAGAAUUGGCUAAGAUGGCCAGAGACAGGAGAGCUGGUAUCAAAGCCCAUGGUGACAAAGGCGGUGAAGAUACAGAGGUUGGGGAACGUGAUGAGAUCCGUAAUGAUAGGAGGAAAGCGAGGCAGCACGACAGGAACAUCUCCAGAGCUGCCCCUGAUAAGAGGUCAAAGCUGCAGAGAGAUCAGGACCGAGACAUCAGUGAGGCCAUUGCUCUGGGCCAGCCAAACCCACGCACCUCCAGUGAGGCUCAGUAUGACCAGAGGCUCUUCAAUCAGAGCAAGGGAAUGGACAGUGGUUUUGCUGGUGGAGAGGAUGAGACAUAUAAUGUAUAUGAUCAGCCCUUCAGAGGCGGUAGAGACAUGGCACAGAGUAUUUACAGGCCCACUAAGAAUGCUGAUAAGGACCUAUACGGAGAUGACCUGGACACACUUAUGCAAAGCAGCAGGUUUGUUCCUGAUCGGGAGUUCUCAGGUGCUGAUCACGGACCCCGACGGGAUGGGCCUGUUAAGUUUGAGGAGGAUCCUUUCGGGUUGGACAAGUUCUUGGAGGAGGCCAAACAACACGGAGGUUCCAAAAGGGCAUCCACUAGUGGGCGAUCCAAGGACUAUGACCACGAGAAGAAGCGCAGGAAGGAGUGAGAACACUUCCUGCAUCCACAGUCGCAGGGUCAAAUCCCAACCCUUUCUUGUUUAUUGUAAAAUGAAUGCUAAAAGCUAUCUGGUAUAUCAUUUUUUUAUUAUUAUUUUCACAAUUUUAAGCCUAGAUGUUUAGCAUUUUCUUCCAAUUGUGU